AUGACAAAGCAAUUGCGGAUGGGCAUGACAACCACCACUGAUGAAACCGUAAAGUCACCUCACGUUUGGUUCUCGAAGACAAACGAUCUGUCGCAAUAUACGUUGAUGAUGAUUGACCCAGAUGCUGGAGACAAUGGACCUUACCUCCACUGGAUUGUUACGAACAUUGACGGUCAAAAGCCUGCUUCGGAUGUUGACAAUAAAGAACAUCAGCAUACCACAUACGACCCUCCAGCUCCCCUUGCAGAAAGUGGCCCUCAUCGCUAUAUCUUUGCAGUAUAUGAACAAUCCGAGGUCAAUAGGGCUAGCUUUACCCCGGUUGAGAGCCGGGAAAACUUUGAUUUCAACAAGUUUGCAGAAGACAAUGGAUUAAAACUCGUCGGCGCCUUGUAUAUGAUGCAGGAAGCUUCUUCAUCGUAA